CCACCUCUUUACAUGCCUUUUGAUACUAUUGACCGUAGCUUUAAACGUAUUCGAGCUGAUAUACUCCCCCAUGAAGAAGGCUUAUUAGAUCAUUCAUGGUCGUUCCAUCCUACCGAUCCUUUUGAAUUGUCCUCCGAUUACACCCCCAAUAAUAAAUUAAUCAAGGAUCCACAUGUCCCUCUCGUCCAAGACCGACUGUUCAAAGCGCAUACUUCUUCAUUCGACGUAGAUAUCAAUGCCAUCUUACCUUCUUCUUUUGUCGACGGCGCAGCCGCCCCCGUCACGACGGCCCAUCCACCCAUUCACAUAAAUUACCCUGCGUCUGAAACACUGGCCGAAUUUGGCGAUGUCUCGAGCGCAGAGGAUCACAUGUCUCCGUCUUCAACAAUGUCAUGGUCCGUUUGGGACGACGGGUCAGAAAAUACAAGUACGGUUGCUUGCACGACGCCACUUCACACGCCCACAUCGCUGAUCCCACCGCCUUCGAAUUCGAUCGGUUUCCCGCUUGAAUCACCUCCGUCCGUCCAAUCGUCGCUGCCCGACGCCAGUGGGGUGGCCGAUGUACUCUCGAAAUUUAAGCUUUCUUAUACCGAUUUUGGCCUGAAUAUGGAAGCUCGCAUUUGCAACCUCUCUGAUUUGCGUUCGCUUGUCGAAGCUUUUAGCAAACUAUGUUGUGCCACAUCUCCAAAUGAAUCGCAAGACACCCCUUCGUCGUGUACGAACCAUGCCAAAGGAUCGCAUGUGGUCCUUUAUAGAAAUAAGAAUUCAAAAACCAAACCCGUCAACUUUUUCGCUUCGGCUUCCCGGUUAGGCCAAAUUCUGAAUCCUGCAUCGAAACACGGCGAAAUGAGCCUUGGACAAAUCGCCGACUGUUGCAUCGAUACCUAUUUCACCUGCUGGGUGCGUCACACCCCCAUUCUACGAAAAGACGAAUUUUUAGCGUGGUAUCGAUCACAUGAAGCGCCCACUGAGACUCUCAUUGUCAACGCUAUCUGUUCAUUCGUUUUCCGUCACAUGGUGACACAUCAUUCCCAGGCCAGUUUCAGUCAUUUCCUAGCGGAUCAGGAUCGACUGCAAGAACAGGAAGAAUUUUUCUUUGACCGAGCGCGUGAGCUGCUGGCUCAGUCUUUUGAUACACCCGACCGGUUUACGGUGAUUGCGUUGUUGUUCAUGGGCACCCGAUCCGAGUCCAGUCGCAGACACCACUACACGGGAAUGGCCGUCUCCACCUUGUUGGAACUCGAGAUUUACCCACGCAUGGUCGGAGAUGAAGACGACUCGUUUGACAAAGAAAUGGACACUCGCCUCUGGUGGUUUGCCUGGGCCACCGACUUUUACCUGUACUCGGCGGGAUCGCCCAAGAAUACGCCUCGUACACGUACUACUAAACCCAUUGAUUUUCCACGCAUUUUCGAACAAGACAUCGACUACACCGAAUACGGGGUCUUGGCACUGACCCAAUGUUUGCGAUUGUGGCGCAUUCAAGCCGACAUUAUUUCGACCCUUUACGAACAAGAAUCGGACAUGACGGCUGACCAGCUGAUUGAACACGACCAACAACUGCUGACUUACUAUGAAUCGCUGCCGACGUACCUGCAUUUCAAAGACAAUGUCAGCUACACUAAUCAAGAACUCUUCCUGGCUUGCGCUCGUGUCAACCUGGAAUACAACGCUACGCGAGUCAUUCUCCACAAGUUAUUUAUCCCCGAAGUCAACGAUUCCAAGCCUAGUGUGACCUCGCUCAAAUCGUUGAACGUAUGCUUACAGACCGCUCUCACCCAGCUCCGAUUACUUAGUCUCUGCAACCACAGCAGCAUUGCCCGAUGCGCCUUUGACCGUGACGAACUGUGGCGGGCGGCCGAAAUCGUUUCAAUGACAAUGGAUAUUUGCCGCACCUGCACGUCUCCUUCCGAUCAGGCCGUGAUUUUUGACGGUGUCGACCGCAAAGAAUACGACAAUGGUCUCGUCAAAACCCUGGAAGUGCUUCGAGAAACACGCGAUUAUCAAGCGCGAAGCAAAAAUAUGCUGCAAGUCGCCGACUGGUUAGAAGUCGAGAUUCGACGACAUCAGCUGCAUUCGUAUAAUGCGACGAGCACGGCACAUGCAUCGCCAGCCGUUCAGACGACCCACACCCCAUCUGCGGACACUUGUUCACUACCUUUGAAACCACGGAUGAGCAACCAAGUACGCGAACCCAUGAUGGGUUCCAGUUUCCUCCCACCGCCGUUCCAACGACCACCGCCACCACAGCAGCCUCAAAAAGAGUCGCAUAAUUUGACGCCAUCUGGAUCAAUGCUGUCUGUGAUCUCCUUCCCUACCCUCCGUUCCCCGAAAAAACCGUCCAUGCCAUCUUUACAUUUCCAAAAUCAGUUCUGCGAUAUGAGCAAAUCGAAUUCUCCCAGCGAACGUGGUCCCAUGUUCUCACCAUCACCUCCAUUCAUCCAAUUCAAUACCUACACCCCUUCCGAACCGCCUCGUCCAGCCCAAGAACCACGAUCCAAUGAUUCUCAGCCCUCUUCUCAUCAUCAAAAGACACAGGCUCGAUUCCGAUAUUUCAAUCCACGCAAGAUGAACAAGUUCCUCUUCAUUGAUGAACAUCCCACGCUGUGAUUCAUAUGCCUCUUUCUCUUUUUUUUUUUCGUAAACUCAUACCGUAUAUCCCCCUUUCUCGAUUUCCCUCUUUAUUUUUUUCUUCCUCGUCACACCGUCCUGAUCAUUUUUUUUCCUCUUUUACUAUGUUUUUUUGUUAUUCAAAAUGUUUAGUACUAGUAUUUGUUUGUCAUUUCAUGUAUGUUAGUGUAGCACGAUCAUUAAUAUCUUAUUGUCAUUUUUGUAACCUCUGUUUUUUUUUAUUAAAAGAAAGAGCCUUUUCUAA